AUGGCUAGUGGUCUCACAGCUGCGGCCCGCUAUGGCACCCAAAGUGUAACUCAAUUGGCCGGCUCUACUUCUUUGCGUCAAACACUCCAGGCUAAUGGACUUCGACGAUUUGCCCACCAGACAUCUUCCACUCCUCCCACCUCUCCUUUCGCCCCCCGUCACCUUCUCUCCAUUGCAGACCUGACUCCCACGGAAUUCGCCACAUUGGUCCGCAAUGCUACGUCGCACAAGCGCGCCAUCAAAUCCGGGGCCAUUCCCGAAAGCCUCAUCGGCUCCCUUUCCGGAAAGACCGUGGCCAUGAUGUUCAACAAGCGCAGCACCCGCACCCGUGUCUCCACGGAAGCCGCCGCUGUCCAGAUGGGCGGUCACCCCAUGUUCCUCGGUAAGGAGGACAUCCAGCUCGGCGUCAACGAGUCGCUCUACGAUACCUCCGUUGUGAUUUCCUCCAUGGUCUCUUGCAUCGUCGCGCGUGUCGCCAAGCACUCCGACGUUGCGGAUCUGGCCAAGCACUCCACCGUGCCUGUGAUCAAUGCCCUCUGCGACUCCUUCCACCCCCUCCAGAUCAUCGCCGACUUUGUUACCAUCUACGAGGCCUUCCCCCCUCAGGCGCACAAGCUCUCCGGUCUCGGCCUCGAGGGUCUUAAGAUCGCCUGGGUUGGCGAUGCCAACAACGUUCUGUUCGAUCUCGCUAUCGGUGCCACCAAGAUGGGUGUCGACAUGGCCGUCGCCACCCCUAAGGGCUACGAGAUCCCCGCGGACAUGAUUGACAUCAUCCAGCGCGCUGGUGAGGGUGUUCCCAAUGCUGGCAAGCUCACUCAGACCAAUGUCCCCGAGGAAGCCGUCCAGAACGCCGACAUCCUGGUCACCGAUACCUGGGUGUCCAUGGGCCAGGAAGAGGAGUCCAAGAAGCGCAUGAAGGCCUUUGAGGGCUUCCAGAUUACUGCUGAUCUUGCCAAGCGCGGUGGUGCCAAGGAGGGCUGGAAGUUCAUGCACUGCCUGCCCCGUCACCCCGAGGAGGUGAGUGACGAGGUGUUCUACAGCCCGCGCUCCCUGGUGUUCCCCGAGGCCGAGAACCGCCUGUGGGCGGCUAUUGCGGCUCUUGAGGGCUUCGUCGUGAACAAGGGCAAGAUCGAGUAA